AUGGGAAAGAAAUUGAACAAUUAUCUGAAGUCUUCAGGGGCGGCAGCUCACAGUACAGUUUUUGAGACAGUGUCCUUGAGUUCAGAUUCUGUCUUCCAGAGGGCAAUUUCAAUUCUCCACACUUCUUACUUGGACUCUGCAUCUGAGCAUGGUUUUCAGUACAGUCAAGUGACUUUGGUGAAAAAUCACAUUUUCUUAAAUGAGUACAAAACUUUUUACCAAGAAAAAAAAGCAAGUAACUAUAAUCAGGAAGAACUUCAGGAAGCUUAUGGGUUUCUUCUGUUUGAAACUGAAAAUCAGGGGAAAGUAAAGUUGGUACCUGAGAAUUAUACAACUAACUAUACUAGACCUUCUUUUGGCUAUGAUUGCCACGUGGCUACAAAUACUAGCAAAGUUUCUUCCAGGACAAGUCAUUUUCGCGCCUUCGAACUGAGUCAGUAUUACCUGUAUGAACUUUCUGGCAGCACUGUUGCUGAGCGACCCAGACAGCUCUGUCCUUAUGUAAUUGUAGCUUUUCAAUACAGGGAACCUAGAAACAUGGCUGCUCACACAAGCAUACCAGAACUCCUUGAAAAUGUUCCCAGCUCUCCGUGGAAAAGGAAAUUAAUUAUUCAAGGCUGUUUUCUGUGUGAUAUAACUCUUUGGUCCACUUAUGGUGCAAUGAUUCCAACACAGCUACCAUUGGAACUAGAUUUUAAGUACGUAGUGAAAGUGUCGUCUUUGAAAAAGAGACUACCAGAAGCUGCCUUUCAAAAGCAGAAUUACUUGGAGCAAAAAGUUUGUCACCAAGAUAUGUGCUUCAAUUUAUAUGAGGUGGAGCUAUCAAACAAACAAGGAGAAAAAAUAGAUAAACUCACAGAAUACAUUAAAAAUGAAGAAUUGGCUAUAAUCAAAUGUUUAGAAGAUGGAGGGUUUUUCAUUGUUCUUACAUCAUCAGCCUUAAUAUCAGAUAUAGAUUUUGAAGAUAAACAAAAUGGUCUACAUGGGUUGCAUUUGUUCCAUUCAUCCACAUCAGCAGGAACAAAAGAUUUGAAAGUUGAGGAUGGUAUUUCAAUGAAGCUGAUACCUAUUUUACCGGCCCUUAAUUGUGCCCUGCUAGAAGCAAAGAAAUCAUUUACUGAAGGAAGCUGUCCAAGCACCCUAGUAAAGCAGAAUUUCCAAGCGUUAUACAAAGUGGACAGAAGCCCUUCACUGCCUGCUUCUUCUCAGGAUGGAAUUAAGGAGACUGCACUCUUUGGCCAACUGACCAAUGGUUUUGACUUGGUUCCUCCAGUUGAAAAGUGUUCUUUACAGUCUUUUACUCAAUUGAAGUCUUAUCUUUCAGAUCCUAGUGCUUAUGUUUUGGAAGUAUGUACUGCUUUAGAUUUAUUAGCAGAACAUCCUGAGACCCCUUGUUUUUCCGAUGGAAUUUGUGAUGCAGGAUUUUCUUUAGUUAUGACUCCAGAUCCUGAGUUUCUUGAUUCAGAGGCAGAAGUAAGAAAAGAAACUGAAACAAAAAAGAAGUCUGAGGACAUUUGUAAAACAAGGAAAAGAAGUAUGGUUUCAUUAAGUCCAGCAACAAAUCUGAGAGUGCAGCCGAAGAGAAAGGCAAGCAGGCCACUCACGUUACAAAGUGAAAGGGUGAACUUGUACCGCCCUUUUUCCAAAAGAACUGCUACUGGGACAAACAAUGACUCGGAAUCUGCAACAACUCUUAAGUUGGCUAAAGGGCAGUUUCCUCAAAAAAGAAAAAGAGGUGCUGAAGUGCUGACUGCACAAUUUGUUCAGACUACCAAAUUGAAUAGGAAAAACCAAGAAGCUCCUAUUUCUAAAGAUGUUCCAGUGGCAACGAAAGCUAAAAGGGCCAGGAGACGAGAGAAAUCUCCAGUCAAAACUGUUCCAAAGACUAAGCCAUCUGUGAAGAAAUCGCCACAAAAACAGAGGGUAAAUAUAGUAAAAGGCAAACAGAAUCCCAGAAUCAGAAAGCAUCCACAACAUGCCAAAGAACAAACUAUCUCACAGCUUCAAUCAGAACUUUUAUUAGAUGGUCAAGAAGAUAUUAACAUAAAUGAAGCCCAGCUAGAAAAUACCACAGUGACUCAGAAAGAUCUUCCUGAAAACUCUGUUAUCAACUAUGACUCCCAGGCCCUAAAUAUGUUAGCUGAUCUAGCUUUAAGCUCUGCAACCUCUUCCACACCAUCAUCUGAAUCUAUGAACCUUCCCUGUUCUUCUGAAUUACCAAAAAAUGAUGUUUCGUUAUCUAAAGAAAAUUCUUUGCGAGGUACAAGUGACCAUGAGUAUCACAGAGGAAUUAAAUGUCAAAAAAGUGGAUCACUACCUAAGCCAUCCACUGAUAAAUAUAAUUCAGUAUCAGAGUUAACUGUUAGCCAAGACGAAGAGAGCUUGGUUCCUUGUAGCCAAGCCCCUGUGAAAGCCCAAUCAAGACUUCCUGAGGAAACACUAGAAACUUCAGACUCAAACCAAAACUCUUGUGUUGUUAUAGAGCAUUCAUAUGCCCUACUCCUUGCAGAACAUUCAAAAAAACAACUACAGCAAAGGGGAAUACAAGGUCCUACCUUUGCCAAGAAUGGAAGUAAAGGCCCUGAAGCAGGAACCCCAGUGGGAAAAGUAAUGCCAUUUCGGCAUCAGCAGAACACCUCCCCUCUUCAGAAGGUCUCUGAUCCAUUUGUAAAGCACAAGAACAGAUUGAUGUCCUCAAACCUAAAAGACUUUCACUGCUCUCAUACUGUGUUUAACUGUGAUGGCUCCUUUAAGGUCACUUUCAAAUGUGAAUCGGAAUAUGUAUUCAGCUUAGACAGCAAGUAUACUAACAACCCAUUAGAGAAAACUGUAAUAAGAGCUUUACAUGGGCCUUGGAAUACUGAUUUGCCGGAUAAUGUGGAAGAAGUGAAGCUUUUACUUCAUAUGUGGGUAGCUCUGUUUUAUAGCAAUCAGAGCAAAGUUAUACGAUCAUCCCGAAAGGUGGUAGAACACAGCAACCCAGCAAAAUUUGUAUCUAUAAAUAGUACGAUAGAUUCUUUUGAAUUCAGUGAAAUUGAUGACUCCUUCAAUGUGGAAAGAUGUUCUACAGACCCUCUAUUGGAGACUACAGAAAGUUCCAAGGGUCAAGUUACCGAAACGUCCUUCCCUGACAGUAACGCAUUGCUUCCGUUUAUUAAACCACCACCUGUGAGAGGCUUAGAACUUUGUGUACAGAAUGAGCAGAAAGAACUUUUUGUAAGAGAAGAUCAUCAAGAUAAAUCAGGAAUUCAUAAUUUCAUGUAUCCUUGCCAUAAUGAGGUAACUGGACAAGAAACACCAGAUAAAAUAGAACCUUCUAAUCAGUCUUCUAAUAUUGAAAGUACCCAAACUAACAGGCCUUCUAUUCCUGAUGAAGAUAAAACCUUUCAACCACCUGAUAGCACGAGAAUGACUUCUCAUAAUGAUACUGCCACACAAAUCACAUUCACCAAGACUUUCGAUGGGACCAACAAUCCGUCAAUAACUUGUCAGAAUUCUUUGUAUAGCACUCUUGAAAGCAAAGUGGAUAUUUUUCAUGCAGCAAUGCAAUCGAAAACAGAGGCUGUCCAGGGCCUCAUCCAUCAUAACAGUCCCACAAACAAAGACUAUCAGCCUUCACUGGAAAGGAAAGAUGAUAAUAUGGGGUAUGUAAUGAUUAAUCUGGAACCAGUUACUCUCACAUUUGAAAACAAUUCCUAUGUACCGAUACAAACAGAAGUUGUAAAUAGAGCUGAUAAACCUACAACCUUUAAUAUGGAAUUGAUUAAGCAAGUAUCACCUGGCACUACUCUUACACAUCCUGUGUCCACAUUUGAAAAAGCACAAACACAAUGUCUUAAGGACAUUCCAUCUCUAGCAGUUUCAGAACAAAAAGGUAAUAAGUACCUUUGUGCCUCCUCAGUAAGUAGAGAAACACUUGCUAAAGAAAUGUGUUCGGUACAAAAUGAGAGUCCUUUCCCAGUGUCAUCGUCAUCAUCUGAUAAUUCAGUGGUAAUGGAGGCAGUAUCAUUAGUUAAAAGUUCUAGCUAUUCACUACCCAAUGAAGAAAUGAGAAUUUCUGAAGACCUUUUUCUGCAAACUCCACGUCUCACCAACAUACCUUCUGAAGAGAUAGAGCCAAUGCAGUUUGCAGUCUCAUCAUCAGCCUCUACCAUCUCAGGAAGAAAUGACCCAUUUCACUGCAUUUCAUUAAGAAAUAGUGUGUCAGAUGAUUCUUUAGAAAUAAGGAACGAUGACAAGAGUUGUCUAAACAGUGAAAAUAAAAAUUUUGAAUCAUUUAAUUCAGCAUUUACCAAACAAACUAACCUAACUAUGAAUAAAGAGGAGAUCAGCCUACAGUUAUCUGAGGAAGAUUCUGACAUUCACCUAACUCUAACAAUAUCACCACCUUCAAGUCCCAGAGAACAAAUUCUUGCUAACGAAAUAGAGCAACUUCAAGAGGCCCCAUUAUCAAGUGUAGAAGAAGUUCAGGAUAGAGCUGAAGAAAUCAUUGAUCCAGGAGAGGUAACUCUCAGAGAAAACAGAGAAGUGAAUUCUGCUGAUUAUACAUCAGUGUCAGAGGAGCCAUUAGAAGAUAAGGAGAGAAAAGAUGAUGAUUUUCAACCAGUUACUAUAGUACUUUCUAAAGACAAUUCUUCCCUUGAGAUUUCAGAGGACAUUGUUACCUCAGACUUUCCUUUUAACUCCUUAAUUGAAGAAGUAUCACCGCCUUCUAGUCCAGACCCCCUAAUGCCAUCUAAGGAAACACGACCAUCUCAAGAGGUCUCUCCAUGUAGUUUAAAACUUCAUGAUAUACAAUAUGAGAAAAGUAGCAAAUCCCCCCAGAUUGAGUCAGUAGAUGUAGCCAUAAUAGAAAAAGAAAAUUGUUUUGUUGGUUCUACCCAUGCAGUGGGGCAAGAUAACUUAACUCGGAUGCAACAGAUGCAGCAUUAUGCUGAAAUGCCUCUAAUGUUAAAUGGUCAUCCAAAAGGAAAUGAUAGACAUUUAACCCUUCCUGAUAAAGUAACUGAAGAAAUUGUCCAAAGUGAGCAUGAGGAGGUUUCAUCUUUCCCAGAAAAGGUGCAGUGCUGUGAUUCAGAAUUAAACCAGCCUGCCUCAGGUGCCAAAUGUGAAGAUGACAUUAUGCCAUCUCUUGAAAAACGGGUUAAGUCAGGAAGCCCAUUACAGUCCGUUAGUACAGAGAAUGGAAAUUUGGACUUAGAACAUCUUGUCUUGGAGACCAAUGACCCUCUAUUUAGUUCUAAAAAGAUUACAGAAAAUAAGUCUUUGGCUGCCAUGUUCCUUUCUACAGCUGCUUCAAGUGGUAUGGUGAGUGUGUCCUUAGAACAGACGACUAGCCCAGAAAGUACUCAGAAAAAUCUCUUUAGCAGUGAUUUGAAAACAGAUGAAGGCAGUUACUUUCAGGUCAAGUCCUUGAACUGUGACCCAGUUGAUGGUGCCGGUAUUACACAGGAAUAUACACACUUAGAGGUCCCAAAACUUGAUUCUGCCUCAGAUAGUGCCACAUUAACCCACUGUACAAGACUAAUAAAUAUAGACACCGAUUUUCAAACACAAGAAAUACCAGUAGUCAAAAUAGCCAAUUUGCUUAUGAAUGGAGAAACUAAAGCUGAGUUACAUAAGGAAACCACAGAUCUAGGAGGUAUUGGCCUUCAGUCUACCACGACGUGUUCUCCAAAAGGUGAACAAGCAGUUGACAUGCUGCAAAAGACAGCAGACAUCAGUGAAAAUAUCAAUAAAGAACUAUCUGUUUCCUUUGUUCCAAAAUCUUUCGACUCUCUUGUUUGUGGAGUCUCUAAAGAGCAUAUGGAAAAUAAGAACAUUAGUGAAAGACUUGGGACUAAGAAUGGUUCUGAAACCCUGCAUAGAGACAUGGAUGUCAGUGUGAAUUCUGACAUACAUUAUGAACCACUUUCUGGAGAAUCUGAUCAAGACGCUUUCAGUGAUUGUAGAAAUCCCAAAUUAGACAUGGAGGAUUCUUGUACCUUCAGAGCUAGUCACACUGGAAAAAGAGAAGAUGCUACUAAAAAUGAUUAUGAUACUUUCAUGAGUAUAAACAAUAGUGGUAAUGAAGAUAGGGGCUACUCUUACAAAACGCCAAGGUUGGAGACAAGCCUUCCUUCCAGAAACUGGCCCAGUGGAUUCAAGAAAGAAGAUAAGUGUGUGCCAUAUUAUAUCCAAAUAAGAGAUCUCCAUGGUUUUCCCAGGACUUAUGCUAACUUUACUGUAACUAAAGAGCUCAAAGAUACCACAAGAACUCUGCAUAGCUUGAGGAGGCACCCAUAUGUCACUGCAAAAUGUGGCUUGAUCAGCUCCUGGACAAGUACUUGGCAGAUAGCAGAUGACCUCACUCAGAAUACUUUAGAUCUGGAAUACCUGCGAUUUGCACAUAAAGUAAAGAAACUUGUAAAGAAUGGAAAGUCUCAACAUUCUACCUCUGCCACCAGUGCCUUUCCUGCUCAAAUAGCUGUUCGAGCAUUCCCUUUGACUAAAAUAUCUGAGUCCCCAGUGCUGCAUUGUGCAUCCAGGAGCAAAAGCCCCCUUAUGGUAACAGUUGUGCAUUCAGACCCUAAACAGAGUCAGCACAUGAGAAACUAUACAUCUGGCAACUUAGACAAUGCUUCCUCUUUUUGGAAGGAAGGAUGCAGUCACAGUAGACCUCAUUUUCUCAAUGCUGAAGGAAAUCAGACUGCCUCAUUCCACCUCAACAAACUGAAAUAUAACAGUACUUUGAAAGAAUCUCGGAAUGAUGUUUCACUUAUUCUUAAUGAGUAUAGUGAAUUCAACAAGGUGAUGCUGAGCAGCAACGAAAAUAAAGAUCUAAACAUGGCUUCUGGAGUGGUCACAUCUCAUGACAUGUAUUCGUUUUUCCCAAGAAUGUCAGCCUCCUAUGAAGACGUGGUUACAGACUUUUGUACCAGUUUACAUGUCAAACUAAAAAGUGUUAUGAAAGAGGCUUGUAAAAACACCUUCCUAUUCUGCCUUAUUGAAACAGAGGACAAGUCAUUCUUUUUAACAACAAAGAAUAUUCUGAGGAAAGGAGGUCAUAUAGAAACAGACCCUCAGCAUUUCUUUCAAGGUUUUCACAGAGAAAAUGACACACUGUUAGUCAUCAUCAGAAACGAGGAUAUAUCAUUACAUUUGCAUCGAAUUCCUUCUUUGCUGAAGCUGAAGCGUUUCCCCAACGUCGUCUUUGCUGGAGUAGACGGUCCUGAAGAUAUUACUAACCACACCUACCAAGAAGUGUUUCACACAGGAGGCUUUGUCGUAUCAGAUGACAAGAUACUAGAAACUGUAACAAUAGUUCAAUUGCAGGAAAUUGCCAGAAUCCUGGUUAAACUAAAUGGAAAUGGAAAGUGGAGGUGGUUGCUUCACUAUAGAGAAAGUAAAAAGCUGAAAGAAAAUGCAAGAGUGGAUUCAGUUGCCCAUAAAAAGAACGUAAUAGUGAAAUCAUGUCAGAGUGCAAAUAUCAUUGAAUUGCUUCCUUACCAUGAGUGUGACUCUCGACCACCAACAAAAGCAGAAAUUUUGAAAUGUUUGUUAAACCUGCAAAUUCAGUGUAUUGAUGCCAGACAUGCAGUCUUCCUAACAGAUAAGCUUACUGUCUCCAGACAAUUCUUUGAAAAUAAUGGAAUCCUUAUUACAGAUGUAAAUAACUUUAUUGAAAAUAUACAAACCUUAGCAGCUCCAUUUAACCAUAGCUAUUGGUAA